AUGCCUCAAUCUUCUCAAUCAACAAUGUCUGCAUAUUACGUUCACAAAGGAGAAUCUGACAGACAACUGGUAACAUGUAAAGGAUGGCGAGAAGGAUGGCAUCGACUUGCCAGAAAAAGUGGUUCGCAAAUUUACCACCAGCGAACCUCAAGGGUCAGCUGGGGAUACGAGACUCAUGCUAUGUGUUCGGGUAAAGGAGCAACUGCCCGAAUACAAUAUCUAAAUUCAGCGAACAUGAGGUCGCAAAAGCUGAGCUCUCCGACCCGCACGGAGCAACGAAUACGUCUUGAAAACUCCGAAGUAGAGAUUAUAUGCGGUAAACUUAACAAGAUGCCAGACAACGUACCUGCAGAUCUUGCUUCCUUCGUAAACGAGAAGAUGUGGUGUAGAGAUCCCGCUGCGAGAACUAAUUUUCAUGAGAUUGUCUCAUUUCUGGAAAAGAAAACAGGUUUAAAACUAUCGAGAACUGCAUUUGAGGACUUACCCACUCUCACAACGACGAUGGAAGGAAGCCGAGUAAUAGAAAACAUAGAUAGGAGAAGGAAGAAUGGUAGGAGUAGAGUGAGGAUUCGUGACUUUGACUGCGCUACGUUGAAUACUCCGAAACCCGUCUAUGGCCCAAUGGCAGAAAUAGGUAAUAUUUGA